AUGGAGCAAUUCAAGUUGUGGGAAGCAUUGUGGGAAGGACCUAGCACUGUGGAGAACUGUAAAGCAGGGCCUAACCUUGGCUACGGCACUGGCCAUCUGUGGGGUCUCAGCUCCUCCCCUCUGCCUCUCCACGGCCACCUGGAUGGGGAAAGGCGGCACCUCCCGCCCCAGGAGCGCCGGCGGCGGCCCCUGUGCCCGGCGGGGCGAAAGCGCCCCCAGCGGCGUGUGCGCGCUCCCAGCGGCGAGUGCGCGCCCCCGCGCCCGCUGCCCACCGACCGCGACCCCGCGCACCCCGCGCGGGACUCCCCCACUCACGAGCACACCACGCGGAAACGCCCCCUCCCCAACACACACAGACAGACGCCCCCGCACCCACGGCCCCCCGCGACCCACCCAAACACACACACGGCGCCACCCCCGCACUCACAGACACCCCCGCACUCACAGACACCUCCGCGCUCACAGACACCCCCGCACUCACGGCCCCCCGCGACACGCCGCCCCCGCUCACACAGGCACACCCCCGCGCCACGCAGGGACACCUCCAGAGACACCCCGCAGCCAACACACCCGCGCGUCCCAACUCGCAGAAACGCACCCCCCGCACGCCCUCCCCGCGGGCGCCGCUCCCCCCGCACACGCCCCGCACCGGCACCCCCCGACACAUCCCCCCGACAGAUCCCCCCGCACCCCCCACACACACCCACGCGCGCCCCCGCGGCCCCCCCAGCCCGCAUGCGCAGCGCGGGCGCGGAGCUGUCCGAGCGCUGGAUCCGCGCGCUCCCGCCGCCCCAUUCCAGCACAGCGCCGGGAUCCCCGCGGCUCCCGCGCCCUGCCGCCCUCCCUCCCGCACACCCGCCUUCCCUCCCUCCCACCCCGGCAACGCCGACGCUCCCCAACCCAAAAAGGGGAAAAGCAGAUCGACCCAGUAGCCCCACCACCGUUCAUAAAUACUAA